ACGUCCCGGCACCCACCGGAAAAGAAGGAGAUAUGUGAACACAAGACAGAAUUCUUCUCGUCUGUCUUCGACGUCGCUGGAAAUAAUGUCUCGUUAGGCAUCCACAAAAUUAUACAAGGAGAUGUAAUGUCUCGUUAGGCAGCCACAAAAUUGUGCAAGGAAAUAUAAUGUCUCGUUAGGCAGCCAGCAAAUUAUACAAGGAAAUGUAAAGUCGCGUUAGGCAGUCGCGCUCAUUCCGUAAACUCGCCUUCCGCUAAAGAAGACAACAUUUCAAUGUACAGCUGACAUCUUGUCUCUUUUCUACACACUUGAAUCCACAUCUUGCUCCUUUUACUACACUUGAAUCCACGUGGGCGAAGUAGCCACGUCACGCAGCGUGCCAGCCAGUGCCAUUCUCUUGGCGCCUUUUAUUGCUGCCAUCCGGCCAGUAAAAGAUCUUUCUACGACCAUGUCUCCCAUGGGCAUCCGAAUGUCUCCCUUUGGUGUGGCCGUCUUCUGCCUCUUCGGGGUGGCCAUCGUCUUGUACCACCUGUACGCCGGCGUCCUCUCCAGCAGACUGGCGGCUUUCAGAAAAAAGGACGUGGAUCUGAGAGAACUUCUGGCUGCAUCAGUGGAGGCUGCAGUUCUUGGAGGCAAAGAGGUGAAAAAGGUGCGUGAGGAAAACAGUCUAAAGGAGAGGUCAAAGGGCAAGACAAAGGAGGGGGAGAAUGAGCUUCUGACCAUGGGUGACCUGCUCUCACAUAGAAAGAUGUACAACCUUAUUAGGAACACCUUCCCUGAAGUCACGGUGAACAGUGAGGAGCAUGACAACAUGGUGGACCAGAUCGCAGUCUGGAGCCGGGACAUCCCAGCCGACAUUGUGGAAAAGAUAGAAGGAGGCGGGAAGGUUCCUGCAGAGAGUGUGACAGUGUGGAUUGACCCUUUGGACGCCACGCAGGAAUAUACAGAGAACCUGGUGAAGUACGUGACCACUAUGGUGUGUGUGGCUGUGGAUGGUAAACCUGUAAUUGGGGUCAUACACCAGCCCUUCACCGGCUUCACAGCCUGGGCGCUGGUGCAUCAUGGAUCCAAUAUGAGUCCUCGCUCGGCCUACAGUGUUAGCUCUCCCAAAGUCAUCGUGUCCCGUUCCCACUCGGGGAAGGUGAAGAGCUACAUUCAGAAUGCUUUUGGAAAUGGCACAACAAUUGUAGAAGCAGGAGGAGCAGGGUACAAGGUGCUGUCACUCUUGCAGAUGCCUUCAGGUGACAAGGGCGAUGUAGACCAGGCCGACGUCUACGUCCACAUCACUUUCAUUAAGAAGUGGGACAUCUGUGCUGGUGCAGCACUUCUGACUGCCAUGGGGGGACACAUGACAUCUCUGAAGGGAGAAGACAUUGACUACAGGGAGACAGCGCUCACCACAGGGGGGCUGGUGGCCAGUGUGGGUGUUGAUCAUAAGGCCAUCCUGGAGAGGCUGCCCAGCUGGGACCCUACUAAGUGAAAGCUUGUGUUGCAAGCAGACCUCACCUCUUCAUGAGUACACAACCUGGUCUAAUGGUAGGUCCUCCUGGCUGUCUAUAAGGGUAGACCUUUCCCACAUUUAUGAGUACACAACCUGGUCUAAAGGUAGGUCCUCCUGGCUGUCUAUAAGGGUAGACCUUUCCCACAUCAAGCUAUUACUUUCAUUCAGCAACAACAAGGACAAUGAUAGCAAGUUGCCUUCAUCUAAAAGACGCUGACACCUUCCCUAUCACAUUUGGCUCUGCAUGAAACUUCAUAUUUGACUUGUAGAAAUGCUGAUGGCUUCAGUUGGACCACCCUGGAAACAUUGAUCCAAGUAUAAAAGGAGCACAAUGCCAUAGAUCCAAGUAUAAAAGGACUACAAUGCCAUAGAUCCAAGUAUAAAUGGAGCACAAUGCCACUGGAUUAACAAGCAAAGUCUGCUGAGGAAGGACAAGGAUGUACCAUUUAUACAUGUUGUCUAGAAAAGACAUCAUGCAGGGUCUUUCAGAUGGUUGGCUUUUAACAUGUAAAUAUCAUUCGUUUUUCAAGCCAUCAAGGAGGGGAAAAGUAGGUUCACUUCUUUGUUCAUAUAUAUUUCUAAAAAGAAACUGGGUUUUGGUGUACAGGUAUUUAUUUAGUUGUUUUCCUCUCAAAAUAUACAAAUAACUUAUUGCCAGAUAACAUAACUGUGAAAACAAUAGAGCAAAUUGACUAAUAAAUGGUGGUAGCACGCAGAGUUUUAUGGGGAAAUGCUUAGAAGGAUGUUCCGUUUACAGACGCUGAGAAUAAAGUCAACAUUGUUUCAA